AAGAGAGCAAGAUACGAGAUAGGGGUGGGUAAGUGGUGUGUGUGGUGGGGGAUAGGAAAGACACCGAACGAACGGAGACAAAAGCUCAAUGGUGGUCGCCCGCAAGCAUGAGACGCUGUACGGGAGAGCCGAGCGUGGCCUGAGGCGACACCGCCAGUAGGACACGCACCGGAGUGAGGGAGGCGGAAGAAACAUGGCCGCCUCGGUAGGGCCCCAGGGUGGCCCCCGGGCUUCCGUCCCGACUCCUAUGCCUGACAUACCGGACUUGAGCCAUCUCACGGAGGAGGAACGGAAAAUAAUCCUGGCGGUGAUGGCGCGCCAGAAGGAGGAAGAGGAGAAGGAGCAAGCCAUGUUGAAGACGCUUCAUCAACAAUUCGAAAGCUAUAAAGAGCAGGUAAGGCGGAUCGGGGCAGAGAACAAACGGCAACAGACCACCCACAAGGAUGAUGCCCCGACCUGCGGGAUCUGCCGUAAAACCAAGUUCGCAGACGGCUGCGGGCACCUCUGCUCCUACUGCCAGACCAAGUUCUGUGCUCGCUGUGGUGGAAGAGUGUCUCUACGCUCCAACAAUGAGGAUAAAGUGUGUCUCAUAGUGAAGGACAGGGUGAUGUGGGUAUGCAACCUGUGCAGGAAGCAGCAGGAGAUUCUUACUAAAUCAGGAGAAUGGUUCUCAUCAGGGCCAAGAGGCAGGCCUCUGAGCGUGGCUGGCUCUGAGGCUGACCGGGACGGCAAACUGCGCGCCAGGUCCCAGGCUACAGCCGGAGCUAUCCUUGCUAGUGCUAACGACGCUUCCCUAGCCUCCGACCGGACAAAGGGAGCAGACACCAUGCCAGCCUCCCGAGCACGGAGUGAACCUCCACGAGAGAAGAAGAGGCCAGUGUCUCUACAUGAGCAGAAUGGCAAGGUCAUUGUCAGAGGUGAAAGGAGAGUGGGACCAGGCAGGAUGCCUGGUCAGGCUUCAGAAGAUCGUGCUCCAGGAGAAAGGCGAGAGAGCAGGCGUCUAGAGAAAGGCCAUUCGCAAGAAUAUGACCACCCUGGUGACACUGCCUAUCCUGACCAGAAGCGGAAAAAAGAAGAGGAGGAACGCGAGCGCGAAAAGCAGCGACGGGAAGAGGAAUAUCAAAAUCGAUACUGUAGUGACCCUAACCUGGCCCGCUACCCUGUCAAACCUCAAAAAGAAGAACAAGAGAUGCGCAUGCAUGCCAAAGUGUCCAAAAUGCGACAAGAAAGACAUCACAGUGACAUGGCCAUCAAUGAAGUGGGCCUGGCUCAGGAUGGUUGUGAGACCCCAGGAAGCCGGCUAAGUAGGAGGACAGCAGGGAAUGAAAACCGCAAAGCAGUAAUAGAAAACCAUCGGGCAUACUCUGUAGACAGGACCGUGGGGGGUAGCGCUGGCGGGGGCCCUGUACCCCCACAAAAACAAGGUCACAGUGGUUCUCAUAUGAGCCCUGGAGGCUCCCAAGACAUCAGGGAUGGACAGGAUUGGGGCCUCAAAGGCUAUUUGGAGCCAGGAUCAGCAGCAUUGCUACAUAGGACCAAGCGUGAGAAAGCUGCCGAGAGCUUCCGGAAAGAUUCUUCUCUUAGUUCGGAUCAGUCAGAAUGUCUCAGACCACCUCCUCCCCGUGCUUAUAGGCCAAAACGAGGCCUUAACAAGAGGCAGAUGUCCAUUAGCAGUUCAGAAGAAGAAGGAGGGUCAACACCUGAGUAUACCAGUUGUGAAGAUGUGGAGAUUGAGAGCAUAAGUGAAAAAGGUGACUGGGAUUGUCAUCCUCUAGAUCCCACUGUAUGGCAUCAUCCUGUUACGUGGCAGCCAUCAAAAGAAGGAGAUCAUUUGAUCGGCCGCAUCACUCUUAGCAAGCGCUCGGCAGUGCCUCGAGAAGCUGGCUCUUUGCUCGGGCUGAAGGUGGUUGGUGGGAAAAUUACAGAGACUGGAAGACUUGGAGCGUUCAUCACCAAAGUAAAGAAAGGAAGCCUGGCAGACGUUGUUGGCCAUUUACGAGCAGGUGAUGAGGUGUUGCAAUGGAAUGGGAAAGCGUUGCCUGGAGCAACUAAGAAAGAGGUGUACAACAUCAUUUUAGAGUCACAGUCUGCACCUCAAGUAGAAAUUGUUGUUUCAAGGCCAAUUGGAGACACACCAAGAAUUCCAGGGACAUCACAUCCUCCUCUUGAAUCUACUGGUUCUAGUUCUAUAGAUGAGUCUCACAAGGUGGACCGUCCCUCCAUCUCCGUCAUGUCCCCCACCAGUCCGGGAAUGUUGAGAGACCUGCCUCAGGACCUACCAGGCCAGCUUUCAGUGAAACUGUGGUAUGACAAAGUGGGCCAUCAGCUUAUCGUCAACGUGUUACAAGCCAUAGACCUGCCUUCACGUCCAGACGGUCGACCACGCAACCCUUACGUCAAAAUGUACUUCCUUCCUGAUCGGAGUGACAAGAGCAAGAGGAGGACGAAGACGGUGAAGAAGAGCUCGGAGCCGAGAUGGAACCAGACGUUUCUUUACUCGCACGUUCACCGCAGGGACUUCAGGGAGCGCAUGCUGGAGAUCACCGUUUGGGACCAGCCGAGAGCACAGGAGGAGGAAAGCGAGUUUCUCGGAGAGAUCCUGAUCGAACUUGAAACUGCUCUCUUGGAUGAUCAGCCACAUUGGUACAAGCUGCAGACCCAUGACGCGUCCUCACUCCCUCUACCCCAACCCUCCCCAUACCUUCCCCGCAGACACGUUCACACCGACAGCCCCAGCAAGAAGUUACAGAGAUCUCAUCGCAUCAUUGAGACCGAUUAUGAUGAUGCAAUUACGGUAGUGUCUUCAGCAGCAGAAAGGAACUCCAGAGACAGGGAGAGGUGCAGCACUCUGACGGUUCCCGAGAGGCAGACAGCCAUUCAACAUCGCUCACGAUCCGUCUCCCCACACCGAGAGGACCAGUGUAAAGGACGUUCACGCCACACACAUGUCCCCAUGCAAAGAAGUCUGGAUGAAAUUCGCCAGAAAAGGCAUCAUUCACAGUCCCCCACUCACUACAACAAUCCCCAACAGGAACACCGAUCUGGAGACUCAGACUAUGAUUACUCAGAGGACAGUGAGGUCCUGGAGAUGCACAGAUCAAUCCGGGGUGGGAGUGCUGAGUGCCUGCACACAAACAGGAACUUAACUAGACACUGUAAUACUUUGCCCCCAAAGAUGCCUUUGUUAGUGAAUGGCAUUCACAAAGACAUAUACAGCUCCACCCUUCCUGCAUGCCUAAAGAUCAAAUCAACACGGCGGCUAGAAGGGGGUGGGGUCUCACCUCGUAGCCCCACCCCACAGCGUGUGCUCAGAUUUACAGAUGAGGUCAGCAUUAGUGAUCUUCAGCCAUCGUUGGACCGAGUGCGAAGCGCCAGUACGACCUGUCUGAGGCCUGAGAACAGUUUCCGCUCCCCUGACAGAGAAAGGCUGUCAGGCAGUUUGGACAGGCCUGUGUGCGCAAAAACGAACAAGAAAUCCAUUGACAAUGACAGGAUCCAGCCCACCUCCAUCCUGCGGGGCAGCAGGUGGAGGAGAGAUGGCCCAAUCCAGCCCUUUGGGCACUCCAUCCAGGAAAGAUCACAUAUGCAUGGAGGACAUAACUCCCCUACAGAGUCUCCAUUAUCAGUGCGCAGAGGAAGACAGCUCCCACAACUUCCUGCUAAGAGCAGCAGUAUUGAGCAAGCUCUGGCAGUAGAAGAGCGAGCUCGGCAAUUGAGUCAGAUUCGGGUCCCAUCGUAUCGGCCAGGUUCAUCCGCCAGCUCAGGCCAUGAACAAGACAUGGAUCUAAAGAACAAGAGAGAUAUGUACAAGAGGAGCUGUGAUAACAUGUCGGCGAGGUCGUCGGACAGCGAUGUGAGCGACGUGUCUGCCGUGUCACGGGCCAGCAGCGCGUCUCGUCUCAGCAGUGCCAGCUACAUGUCUGUCCAAUCAGAGCGACCACACGGACGGAUCAGGUCAAAAUCACUGGAGAAUUGCAAAGGGGAAGAGAAAAGGGAAAGGAGGAUCUCAUGGGGGGUGAGCAGGCCAGAGCAAAGAAGGAGCCUUGGAAAGAGGCGCUUCUCGGAGGAACUAAAACGCCGGCGCCACUCAGUGGCUGGAGAUGUCAGUCGGCAGGUUCGGGCGUCUGCAGGCCGCAACAUGUUAAAGAGCACGAGUGUGAGCGGCAACAUCAACACACCCGAGCGUACUGAUGGCAGCCAGUCGGACACAGCGCUCGGCACAGUGGGCAGCAGCAGCAAGAAGCGUCGUUCCAGCCUCAAUGCCCGCUUUGUAGCUAUUGUGGGCAACAGACGCAGCCGCAGCACCUCCCAGAUCAGCCAGACAGAGGCGUCCAAUAAGAAGUCGAAAGGAAGUGGGACGAUACAGAGGAGUCAAGAGACAGGCAUGGCCGUCGAGCUGCAACGUAACAUGAGUCGCCAGCCGAGCCGCGAGUCCAACAACGGCAGCAUGGCCAGCUAUAACUCAGAGGGAAGUCCGAUCUUCCCAGCUGUGAGGGUUGAGACUCAGUUCAGCGACUUCCUUGAUGGAUUGGGUCCUGCCCAGCUUGUGGGCCGGCAAACUCUGGCCACUCCUGCUAUUGGAGACAUCCAGAUUGGCAUGGUGAACAAAAAGGGAAAGCUGGAGGUGGAGGUGAUCCGAGCCCGUGGCCUCAUCCAAAAACCCGGAUCCAAAUCUCUCCCAGCUCCUUACGUAAAGGUGUACCUGUUGGAAAACGGGGCAUAUGUGGCCAAGAAGAAAACAAAGAUUGCACGGAAGACGUUGGACCCGCUGUACCAGCAGACCCUGCAGUUUGAAGAGAGUCCACAAGGGAAAGUGUUACAGGUCAUUGUCUGGGGAGAUUACGGACGAAUGGACCACAAAUCCUUCAUGGGAGUAGCACAAAUCCUAUUGGAGGAGUUAGACCUGGCCAGCAACGUAAUUGGCUGGUACAAACUGUUCCCGCCCUCCUCUUUAGUAGACCCCACACUAGCAUCUCUGACUAGGCGAGCUUCCCAGACAUCUCUGGACAGUUCUUCAGGACCUGCUGGGGUUCGAUCCUAGUGCAGUGAUUUACAAAGCACACUCCACACUCCAGAGGAUCAACUGAAGACAUGACAGGACCACAAUCAGAGGCAGAGCGAAAAAAAUAAUGCGAUGAACAAAAGACAAAGCUUUGAUGAAAAAUGACAAUCACCCCUGUCGAUUAUGUUGGGUUCGUAUUGUUUCUUUCCCCCCCUCUUUUGUGCGUCUGGGCAAAAACAAGGCCUGUGCAUUCUGCUGAUUUUAAGUUACAGCCGUGGAGCUACAGUGCAAUUUAAUAUCAACUUAGAGUAACUAAAGCAGGGUGAUUUGCAAUUGUUGUAAAAGAAAUGUACGUAGAAUGUACUGACCUACAUACACAAUGAUGACCUCUGACCAAGAGAUUGUGGGGUCUCUAUAGAGACUCCUGUACUGUAUAAGCAAAGGUUGGAAGUCAAUAGGUUAUGACCUCGAAAGCAGCAGGGCCUUUCUAAAAAGGGAUUUUAUCAGUUUAUCUUUUCGGUGCCUAAACAUCGAGGACCCUGGGCUACAGUCCAGUAUCUGUAAAACGUUACUGUUUUCAGGAUGUUUACCACAAAUGACGGAGGCAACGUUCUCCUCAAUGUUUCCUCUUUGUUUCUUCUUUCAGCUGAUUUCUUUUCGUUUUCAUACCUCUAGCACACACGUUAUGAGGAUUGUGUUGUCUACAAAUUGUACUGUGUGCAUGGUGAUGAUACUAAGAAUGAGGGGAAAAAAAUCUUGAGAAAAUGUGUUUCCAAAAACAUUUCCAAAAACAUCAGUUUUGCAUUCUCAUACAGAUUUCUAUUCACACCUGAAGGUUUUUCCAUAUGCUCUCACACCUUUCAAGCUGUCCCGAUGGUCUAUAGUGUACAGUAACUUUUCAGUUGCAGACUUCGGAAACGCCACAUUGACCAAAGACUCACAGUUCUAAACGUCAAGGACCAAAAAGGCGUAUUUGCGAUUCAACAAGAAAGUCGUCACCAGAAAAAUAUUAACAUGCCUAAUAGAUAAGGAAAAGCAGUGAAGACCAGCACAAUCUUAUUUAUUUAUUUUUUCUAAAUGGUCACCACUGGCUUUCCAUUCUAUUAGAAAGUUACUAUUUUUGGUUGAGGCAUUCCUUGAUUUCACUACUAAAGCACUUCUUAAUUGUCAUCGUCAGAUCGAAAGAAAUAUUCAACCAACAAAAGAUCAUUUACACCUUGCAUUAACAUUUCAUCUAUUUUUGAUUUCAAUUCUAUAAUCCAACAUGCAUUUAAUUACUUGCUACAAGUGCAGUGGAAUCUCAGAUCACACUUCAAAUCCGUGCACCAAGUCGACUCUUUCAAAAUUCUUGAGCAACACCUUUAACCCUCAACUGCUAAACUGUAAACAGUGCCAAGCAUCAGCCGAGUAAGUGUAGAAAGUUUGGAAAGAUCUAGCUGUCAGUAUGACGGUUGUUGUUGUAACUGUUGUGAAAAUUUGUCAUAGCUGUUAACAUAUUGAUUAGAACUAUUAAAAUAUAACAGAUUGUGUUGUAACAAAACUUUGUUUUAUCAUAAAAGUGAAUACUGAGACAUUAAAAAAACACUACACAAUAGCGAGAUCUUCAUGAGCUAAUCUUAUCAUAGGAACUUUUUUCAAUUGCUGCUAAAAGGCUUGAUUUGAGGCUUGAUUUUUUUUAUAGGUUUGAGUCAUAAAUUUAGUCAAAUGGCUUGACUGAAUUCAAAAACAACAAAUAGCACGAAUAGACUGAAUCAUUAGCAGCUUAGCAAAGCAGCUAAACAUGCAACACAAGACUUUUCAGACAUUUCGAAUUUAUAAACUUCAGCCAACUUUUUAACACACAAUAGACAGAAGUUUACCAACCAAAAAUAUACAAAAUUGCUACAGAUUUGAAAAAGCAAACCCAGUUUCUGUUUUAGGAACCGGACCUACAGUAACUGUUAUAGAAGAUGUUUAAUUUGAUGCAGAUUUAAAGAGUACAUAAGCAACCAUCCAUAUAUUUUUUUACCAAAUGAUAAACCGUCUAAUUAAAAUUCACAAAAAGGUAUUUUUGUUAACAUUCUUUAGUUUCAUUUAUAUAUACUGUAUGCUGAAAAGUUUGUCCAAAAGAGAUCUAUUCAAAAUACUGGAAUCCUCAAAAGCAUCAGUUUUGCCAUUUUUACUUUAACGGUCACCUUAUAGUGAAUUGAUGUUAAAGUGAAUGUGAAGUGAUGUUAUUAUACAGAUUAUAUAUAGAAGAAAGAAAGCACCUCAAAAACAUGGAGACAAUCUGUUUUCUGAUGGCGUAGGGACUGAAAGCCCUACAUUUUUCUGGUUUUGAUGACUAAUUAAGUACAGUAACAAUCAUAACAUAAAGAUCAAGGCUAAGUAAGAUGAUUUACUUUAAAAAAAAAAUUAAAGUCUGAAAUCCAAUUAUAUGAUUGAUAUCGUAGCACAAAGAUCGAGUCGAGGUGGAUGAGCAAGCAUAGCACUGAACAGUGUUUUCAGGUAAGAAGAUCUUAAAUGUAAGGAUUUUUUUUGUUCAUUUGCUGAAAAGAUUGGUUGCAAAUACCAGGGAUGCAUCAAACUGAGUAAAAGUACACUUUUUUCUGGUACUUGUCAAUACCAAUACUGAUACCAAAAUUCUUACUUAGUAAAUUAAGCAAUCAGGUUUUAAUGGUCCAUUCCAUUUAGCUGUCAGGUGCUGCAAUGAACUCCUUGUGCUUUUUGCUUUCAUUUUUUAAAUGUUUUCCUUCAUUUGAACAGUAAAUGUAGUGAGCAGAGGAUUUUAUUAAAUCAGUCUUAUUGUAGAAAUUUUUUUAUGUCAUAAUUUAUUAUUAAAAUACAUCCAGACUGAUGCCAUUUCAUAUCGUCUAUUUAUUAUCACUAAUGACAUAUACUGUCACAUGGUAUUCACUGUUGGUUUUGGGGUACUGAUAUCAGUACUGAUGCAUCCCUAGCAAACACGAUCAUGUUUUGAUCAUUAAAAAAAAAAUCAAUCAAUGCAAGGUAUAAAUGGAGCCUUUUGUCUGGAAGUGAGCGUUAACUUCUAUAUACAGUAACCAAAAGGACAAAAUAUUAUAUAAAUAUAGUGUUUAUAUUAUCUCCAGAAAUCUAGUUCAAGACUUGGUAAACCUUAUAAGAUGGUGCAAUAUAUAACACAUAUUCUAUUAUAUCUGACUAUUAUUGAUUUAUCUGCUUUUUAUUUCCACAUGCAUGCGGUUGGAUUUUUUUUUUUUUUAUGCAAAGCACAUACUAUUUUGCUGUUCAAAUGCAAGCACAAGAACUUUCAUGCUCUUUUAUUUUAUUUAUUUAUUUAUUUAUUUAUUUUUGCAGCAAAUAAAUGUUACAAAGUAGGUAAGAGUUCCAAAAGAAAAAAAAAAAAGAAGGGAAAGAAUUAGCUGUGUUGAUUUGUCAUACUUUUAUUUUAUUUUAUCUAAUGCUCAUAUAAGCAAUGCUCUUGUGCAAUGUUCAAGUGACCAAUCCAAUUUUGUCAUUGCAAUUACAAACGCCAAUCAUCUGCCAGGCUACUGGCCCCUCCCAAGGGGCGGAGCAGCAUGACCUGUUUCGAGCUGCAUGCAUACAUUUUUAUAAACAAACAAAAUAGAACAACAAAAAAAGAAAAGAAAUAAAGCUACAGAAAUAGAUACCUGUGUUAGUUCCACAUACAGUAGGCCAGCUUGUUUGUUGCAUGUACUUGUACAGUUUGCUUGUACUUGAUAAUGAAGAGAUAAACUAAGAAUCUAAAGCCAUUCACUCUCAGAUCCACGGAAAAAAAAAAAACCUCCAGUACUUGUCCUACAUUCCGGUGAUGAAUGUUUUAUUAAUUUUUUUCCUUGCAUUUUUGUCUUUUCUAAUCCCUUUGAAGGGAAUAUGUGCUGUACUGUAAUACUGAUCAUAACCUAACCUCCUUCUUUUACAAAUAUCUCAUAUGUAAAUGAUUCUUUACCUCCUAGGGACAGAGAUUAGCUAAUUAUACAUCAAUUAGAGUGACACAUAGCUUACUGAACAGGUGUGAAAUAAUAAUAAUAAUAAGACAUGCACAAUACAAAUAAGAAAAAAACACUGAAUGUGCAUAGAUUGUAAAUAUGAACUAACCAUUAAGUCGGUUAAGCCAUAUUUGCAAAAAAAAAAAAAAAAAAAAAAAGGGGCCAAGGAUUUUCUUGCAAAAGAUGUCUCAGUUCUCGAAGGUACCACUGACUCGCUGGAGCCGAGUUGUGACGUCAGGACUCAAUGCUCAGCUCCGUCACAACACAACCAUCUCUGUGCUUUCAAUGCAAGACUCUCACUUCAACAUGCGUCCAUUGGAGGGAAAAAAAUUUGGUUUGUUUUGUUUUGUUAUUUUGCAUUUUUUUUAUUAUUAUUUUUAUUUUUACACAAGCCCAGUUUUCAUUUGACUAUCAGUAUUACUGGGU